AUGCUGCUGGGAAAGAAAUGUCACAAACUUGGAUCCCAAGUUCAGGAGACUUCUGUGCUCUACUGGCGCGAGGCUGCGUGGCGCGCGGGCGCAGCGUUUACAGUAAGGGUGCAACAGGUGUGAAGCGCGAGACACGAAAAUGUCUUCAGUAUUUUACUAAAGUUGAAUUUUUGGAAUCUUGAGCGCAAAUCUCAAGAGAAACCAUAUUAUGAAAACUUCAUGUGUGACGUCAAGACUUUUCUACUGUUCUUCGUUAUCAUGGAAAGAAGAUUAAGAUUUUGGUUUCGCUCCUGUUUUUUGGUUUCACCUGGUGAAAAACCUGCAGGUGUUGUUUCCCAGGUCCAGAGACUACCAGGAAACACCUGAGGGGCUUUUCACGGUGACCCCAUGAAUUUGGAUGCUUUUCCAAACUGUCAGGCAGGAAUUUUACAGUCGGUGUGUUCACUUCCUUCUGUUGUUCAACUGUGAGGAUUCCCCCAUUGCUGUACCUGAAAACGUCCAGAGAACAGCUGGUAACCAGUAUUGCCAGAACCUUCUGAACACGCCAGCCCUCCUGAACCAGGACAUUGGAAGGAGGAGAGAACGGUGGAGAUCGGAGCUGAAUAUUUUUGGAGCACAUGGGUGAGACGGAGGAUGAGCGCACAGCUCAGGCCAGCCAGCUGUUUGAGAACUUUGUCCAGGCGUGCACCUGCAAAGGGACUCUGCAGGCCUUCAGCAUCCUCUGCAGACAGCUGGAGCUGGACCCUCUGGACUGCAGCAACUUCUACAGCUCUCUGAAGGCCGCAGUCAGCUCCUGGAAGGUCAAAGCCCUGUGGGCUAAACUGGACAAGCGGGCCCAGCAGAAGGUCUACAACCAGAACAAAGCCUGCCAAAGCACCAGGUGCCUCAUCAUUGGGGGGGGUCCUUGUGGCCUGCGGACAGCCAUUGAGUUGGCCCUGCUGGGCUGCAAAGUCGUGGUCAUCGAGAAGAGAGACGCCUUCUCCAGGAACAAUGUGCUCCACCUCUGGCCCUACACCAUCCACGACCUCAGGGGCCUCGGGGCCAAAAAGUUCUACGGCAAAUUCUGCGCUGGGUCUCUGGAUCACAUCAGCAUUCGCCAGCUGCAGCUGAUGCUGCUCAAAGUCAGCCUGAUCCUGGGAGUGGAGAUCCACGUCAACGUGGAGUUUGUCAAACUGCUUGAGCCGCCAGAGGAGCAGAGUCAGGACGGUCCGGGGUGGCGAGCUGAGGUCCGGCCCGCCAGCCAUCCCGUGUCCAACUUUGACUUUGACGUGGUGAUUGGAGCUGACGGGCGCAAGGACACUCUGGAUGGUUUCCGUCGUAAAGAAUUCCGAGGGAAGUUGGCCAUCGCCAUUACAGCUAACUUUGUCAACAGGAACACCACAGCCGAAGCCAAAGUGGAGGAAAUCAGCGGCGUGGCCUUUAUCUUCAACCAGAAGUUCUUCCUAGACCUGAAAGAGGAAACGGGAAUUGACCUGGAGAAUAUCGUGUACUACAAAGACAACACCCACUACUUUGUAAUGACGGCCAAGAAGCAGAGCUUGCUGGACAAAGGGGUCAUCCUAAAAGACUUCAUAGAGACGGAGCGGCUGCUCGGAGCCGACAACGUCAGCCAGGAAGCACUGCGCUCCUACGCCCGUGAAGCUGCUGACUUUGCCACCAACUAUGAGCUCCCAUCUUUGGACUUUGCCCUUAACCACUACAGGCAGCCUGACGUGGCCAUGUUUGACUUCACCUGCAUGUACGCCUCUGAGAACGCCGCCUUGAUCCGGGAGAAGCACGGGCACCAGCUGCUGGUGGCGCUGGUGGGGGACAGCCUCCUGGAGCCCUUCUGGCCCAUGGGGACGGGCUGUGCUCGGGGGUUCCUGGCUGCCUUCGAUGCCGCGUGGAUGGUGAGGGCUUGGGCGCAGGGCCGGAGUCCUCUGGAGAUCCUCGCAGAGAGGGAAAGCCUUUACCGCCUGCUGCCUCAGACCACCACAGAGAACAUCAGUAAGAACUUUGAGCAGUACUCCAUAGACCCGUCAACGCGCUACCCCAACCUGAACUCCAGCCGCGUGCGGCCUCAGCAGGUUCGUCACCUGUAUAUCAGCGAUCACCACAACAACGAUCGGUUGGAAAACGGAGCACCAGCUCAAAGAUCUGUCAACCUGUUUAGAAAAGAGUCCGAGGUGCGUCCCGGCCGCCUGCUGGCCUGGUGUCAGGAUCAGACCCGCGGGUACAGAGGGGUUGAUGUCAGAGAUCUCACAUCCUCCUGGAGGAGUGGCCUGGCCCUCUGCGCGCUCAUACACCAGCAGAGGCCUGACCUCAUCGACUACGACUCUCUGAAGGAGGAGGAUGUGGCGGUCAACAACCAGCUGGCGUUCGACAUGGCGGAGCGAGAGUUCGGCAUCCAGCCGGUGACCACAGGGAGCGAGAUGGCCCAACCGGACAAGCUGCUGAUGGUUCUAUACCUGUCCAAGUUCUACGAGGCCUUCAGGAGCUCCCCGGGAAACGGUUCAAAAGAGAGGGGUGAGCACGUCAAAGAAAACUCAGAUGACACCAACCACAAUCUGCCAGAACUUCAUCCGCUCAGGAAGAGGACUCCCAGGGAGGACAAACCUCAGGAGGAGGACUCUGUCCACAAGAGGAGGCGCAAAGGAAACAACGACCUCACAGAGCUGUCCUGCCACAGUGCGCCUCCUGCCUGUGAGGAGGUGGAGCUACAGGAGAACAGGGUUCGCUCUCUGGCCACCCAGCUGCAGGCCAAGUUUGAGGAGAACCUAACGGGGUCGGCGCGUACAAAGUCCACUGAGGAUCCUCUCAGUCCUUCUCUUUCUUCCUCUGAGUCUUCCUCCCCAACACAUCCUCUGUCAGAUGAGGAGGAAGAGGAGGAGGGAGAGAACCCCCGCUUUGCUAAGUCCAAAGACACCCCUGCUCCUUCUUCCCUGGCUCCUCCUCCUCCUCCUAAAUGGCAGCCUUCUGUCUACCUUCGCUUACUGGAGAAUCCUACUCCUGUGGCCCCCCCCAAAGCCCCUCCCUCUGAAAGUGUCUGGAGCCGCUCUCCGUCGCCGGCUGACGGCCCCCCCACUGCAGCGAGUCCUGAUCCCGCCUUGGAGCAGCAGAGGACAAACGACGGAGCAUCGAUCAGAGAGAUUUCAAAGAGGAGCAUAGCAGAGAGGGCGGCGCUGCUCUCCUCCGUGUUUGGUGCUCCUGUGAGCAGCUGGCAGGUCAAAUCCUCUUCCUCUGCUUCUUCAUCCUCAUCUCCUGCUCCCCCUGCCGCUCCUCUGCCUGCCUCUGAGACCUUUCCUGUGGUCCACCCCGUCCCUGACCCCGCCGCCCAAGCUGCUUUUUCUCUCAUUGCCCCUGCAGAUAAAGGCAGAGCUCAGCCACCCUCCUCCUCCUCCAGGAAAAAGUCCUCCUUUCACACUGCCACUGUUUGUUCGCCCAGCACUGACGAGGCUCUGAAGAUCUCUGCUGACUCAGACCUCCAGAGAACAAAUGAGCAGGAGGAGGUUCAGAGCGCCCCCUGGGGGGGUUCAGACCACAGGAACUUAGGCGAAAAUGACCGCAUGAAGUGUCCAGGCGGCUGUGACGCUGAGCGCAGCAGAAGAAACGCUCUGAAGUUCCGCUCGAGCAGCUGUCCCAGCGGCGCUCCCAGUUACAGUAAGGAGCGGAUAGUUGGGAAAGUGUCUUCGUCCAUAAAUGCCAAAGCUCAGAUUCUGGCCAUCCUCUAUGAGACCGACCACAGACCCAACGCCCCGCCGUGCGUGGGGCGCCGGAACGCCCCCCCCGGGCUCGGCGGCAGCGACAUCUGCCACUUCUGCACCAAGCGGGUGUACGUGAUGGAGAGGCUCAGUGCCGAGGGCUUCUUCUUCCACCGAGAGUGCUUCCGCUGUGACGUCUGCCGCUGCAUGCUCCGUCUGGGAGGACACACCUUUGACUCUCAGGGGGCUAAGUUCUACUGUAGGAUGCAUUCAGCUCAGCGUCAGGCCAGCAUCCAGCCGGGCAUGUUCACGAGGAGGCCGGAGGACCGAGGUCAUGCCAAGCCCUCGCCGCUGGACGGUGGGAUCGGCUCCCCUGCAGGCAGCGCUCAGAUGCGCCCCCCAGGCGAGGUGGAGCUUCACAGAGGAGAUCCAGACGACACGGAGAUGGCCGUGGAGGCUCUGGAGGCCUCCUGCAUCAUCACGCCUUCAGAAGAGGAGCGCAGCAGAGGUGAAAGCAGCAGUAAGAACCACGUGAAACGGAAGAUCCGCAUCUCCUUCCCCCUGAUCUUCAAGAGGUCCGGGCCCGAGACCGUCCCUGAAGUCGAUGAGGAAAAGUGUUCCUCUGGAAAACCAGUGACUUCCCAAAGCAGCUCAGCAGAUUCUCAGAAAGAGCGCAGUGAGGACUCAUCAGCUGCAGUGAAAUCUGAGGGCGGCCCGUCUAAGAAGAGGCUGGUUCUGUCCAGCGUUCAGAGGGAGGAGUUCUUGAAAUGGGAGGACGCCAUCACUCCAAACACACCUCAGGAGGAGGAGCAGGUGCAAGCAGAUGUAGAUAAGCUCCAAACAAAGGGAUUGCAGAGCCAAAGCCGAGCGUCUUCCCAGUCUGCCUUCCAGGCUUUAGCCAACGCCUUUAGGAGGACGUUUAGCAGGAGUUCCGGCGCUGCUGUCAUAAUGAAACCCAAGCGUGACGGCGUCCGCAAACAGAGGCCCGUGUCUGACGGAGCGUUCACCUUUAGCUCGCUCCUCUGCAUUCCAGAGUCGGCAGUGGAUGGGAAGAGGCUCAGCGGGCAUGGAGCCCAGUGGGUCUCUGUGGGUGCAGAUCCCUGGGGGGCGGGGCAGGACCUGCCCUCUUUGUUGCAGAAGGUGGCCAUCAGGGACAGCAGAGACUCUGAAGGGGCGUUUGAGGACUCCAGGUCACACCCCCACAAGAGAGUGGACCUGUUCUCAUCGCUGCGGAUGAGAAGGAAGAGGGACAGCGAGGAGACGGACCAGCAAGCUCAAAAUGACAUCCAGACCAUCCUCUCAAACUUCAGAAACAAAGCUUCCAGCCAGAAGAAUCUGGACGAGCUCUCCUCCAGUGAAGAUGAAAAUGAAAACGUGACAUCCAAUCCCAUGCUGCAUGCAGAGAAGAGCCAGAAGAAGCGGGAAAGGGUGGCGGCCCUGCAGGCGAAGCGAGAACAGCUGAAGAGGCUGCAUCGAGCUCAGGUGAUCCAGAGACAGCUGGAGGAAGUUGGAGAGAAGCAACGCGAGAUCGAGGAGCGAGGAGUGCAGAUGGAGAAGAUCAUCAGAGGAGAAACGGACUCACCUGAACCAGAGGACGGCGAUGAAGCCCAGCUCUAUCAGUCCUGGUUUAAACUUGUUCUGGAGAAGAACCGGCUGGCUCGCUACGAGUCUGAACUCAUGAUUUUCGCUCAGGAGCUCCAACUGGAGGACAGUCAGAGCCGCCUGCAGCAGGAGCUUCGACACAGGAUGGCCGUGGAGGACACGAAGAAGAGUGCCUCGGAGCUGCAGGAGGAGCAGGAGAUCCUGGCUCAGAUCAUGAGCACGGUGGAGAAGCGGGACACUCUGGUCUCCAUCCUGGAGGAGCAGAGACUGAAGGAGCGGGCCGAAGACAAGGACCUGGAGACCCUGGUUCUGUCCAAAGGCUUCGAGUUCCACUGGGGUCAAGGAAAUGACAGCUGGGGGCGGUAAACACAGGAGCUGUGGGCCCACCACACCGGAUCACGUCCAGCAAUGUGACAGGCAUCCACCCGUCCCACACUGGAAUAUCUCUGCUGGUGAAGCCUCACUGCUUCACUUCUUCAACCUAUCAAGUCUGUGUGAAUCCUUUCCCAAGCCUCCAUGAAUGGACAUGCAUGUGUUUUCCUGAUUUUAACUCAAUCUGCCACGUCUGUCUCCACGGCAGUCGAUGUUUACACACGUUUUAACCCGGAGACAAGUCUUCACACUGCACACCUCCUUUGCCUUUAUGUUUUUAAUCAUUCAUAUCAUCAGAUGUGAAUUUUAAAAUGUAGCAUUGGUUAUACAUUCAUGUUUUAAAACUGAAAAAGAAUGCAGUGAGAUGUGCAUGCUGUCGUUGCAAACUGCUGUUUUGAUUAUUUAAAAUAUAAAGGAAUCUUAAAUAAAAUUUCUAUUUUUAAACAAAUGAUGGGUAUGUGUACAUAACUGUGUUGGCUAAAGCCAGAUCAACCAAAUGUACCGGAACUGUAACUGCAUCACUACUUGAAAACACAAAAAAUAAAAUUACCACCUCGGUUUUGUUUUUUAAUUUAGGGUUUCUACUUUAAUCAGACUUUUUGAUUCAAACACUCAUUAAACAUAGAGCAGAGACAGCUUAUAAACAGCUUGAAACUUCAUUUGAAAAGGCAACGCAGUAUAGCAUGACUGACUAGAUGUAGUGCAUUCUAUGCAUAAAUAUAUAGAAAUGUAUAUCUGAUUAGCAGAUAUUUUGUCUUAGAAGUUUGUGUUUAGUAAACUUAUUUAGCCGCUGAGUGCUCCUUAGACACCAUAAUUGUGCCCACCUUGAUCUCAACUACCUUUUUUGUGUCUUUUAACACGUUCUUGUGACAAUUUUCUGACAUGUUAAGAAAGAUGAGCUUAAAAGUGCAUUCUUGUUUUUUUUCCCCUUUAAAUUCAAAUUGGGAAUCAGGAGCAAAAAGAAAAAUGCCAAGAUGGUAUCAGCCUUAAUGGGCGGACUACAAGCUCUGGGGAGGGGAAGGGGGGUCGGGGUUGCUUGCACCAACUGUCUCGCCCACAACUCAGAGGUGAAUUUCUAAUGAAUUUCUUCCACUCUGCAGACACUAUGUCCUGCCUUUUUCUUUGUGUUUGGCUAAAAACUGCAUAAUCAUAAGAAACACUGGGAAGGGUUUUAGAACAGAUCAAAAGAUGUUUGGAGGACUUUGAAUCGGCUCCUAUGUUGUUUGUGAAUGUUAAAUGGACUUGUACCUAUCACAUUUAGUGUUUAAACACCCCCCCC